AUGAUAUCGAAGAUACCUGGCCAGGCUUUUGCUGCACUGACGCGGCUAGGGCGCUGGCAUGCUCCUUCUUCUGCUCUGUCAGUUUGCUCUCGGACCACAACUCAUCAUAUCCGACGACGUGGACUGUCCUCCGCUACAAGCCCGGAGGUUUCAGAAUCACCAGCAGCGCCCAGAUGGAAAGAGACACCGCCUUCUAUGAAGGCUCCCGUACGGCUGCGGGGGAGCCCGGAGAUCCCAGAAUAUCCCGUCAAUUCAGAUCCGACAAUCCUGGAUCGGUUCUACAUUCGAAUGCUCGGCCCCGAAGGUGACAAAAUGCUUAGUGACGAGGUCAAAUGGCAAAUUGUUACGCAUAAAAGCUUUGACCAGGGGCGGAGAGGCUUCAAUGAGAGAUUAUCUUACUUGGGCAAGCAAAUAGUGCAACUACAGGCUUCACUCUCCCUUCUAGAAAGCGCGUCAACUUCUUCUCCGAAGCAAGAAGAUCCUUAUGGGCGUGCUCCGUUUGAUCAUCCAUCUUUGCAGGGCUUGGAGGUUCUCACGCAAGACAACAAGAACAUGAAGUUAAACCGGACGAAGAUUGCACAACUCGCACAUCAGUAUAAGCUGGAGGAGGUUCUGAGAUGGGUACCAAGAUAUCGCAAUGAUCUUGUGGAAUCGGGGUUGGAAGUUGUCCUAACGCAGGCAAUAUACGCAGUGGUUGGUGCAGUUGCGCUGGAAAAGGGGGGAGUUGUUGCCAAUCAAGUAGCAAGGGACUCUGUACUGAAGCCUUUGGGAUUUGAGGUUGGCAUGCCAUGA